AUGGCUUCCGCAACCAAGACCAACAUUGGUGUGUACACCAACCCCAAACAUGACCUCUGGAUCGCCGACUCCACUCCGACGGCAGAGGACAUCAAUGCUGGCAAGGGCCUGAACGCCGGCGAGGUUACGAUUGAGGUGCGCAGCACAGGUAUCUGUGGCUCCGAUGUUCACUUCUGGCAUGCCGGUUGCAUUGGUCCUAUGAUUGUCACUGGCGACCACAUCCUCGGUCACGAAUCGGCCGGCCAGAUUCUCGCCGUCGCCCCCGAUGUCACCCACCUCAAGGUCGGCGAUCGCGUCGCUAUCGAGCCCAACGUUAUCUGCAAUGCCUGCGAGCCCUGCUUGACCGGUCGCUACAACGGCUGCGAGAAAGUCGCAUUCCUCUCCACCCCGCCUGUCGAUGGCCUGCUCCGCCGAUACGUCAACCACCCCGCUGUCUGGUGCCACAAGAUCGGUGAUAUGAGCUUUGAGAGCGGUGCUAUGUUGGAGCCGCUCAGUGUGAGCUUGGCGGCUGUCGAGCGCAGUGGUUUGCGUCUCGGAGACCCCGUGCUUAUCACCGGCGCCGGUCCUAUCGGUCUGAUUAGUUUGCUCAGCGCACGUGCCGCUGGCGCCUGCCCGAUUGUCAUCACAGAUAUCGACGAGGGUCGCCUCGCUUUCGCUAAGAGCUUGGUCCCCGAAGUGCGCACCUACAAGGUGGAGAUGGGCAAGUCGGCCGAAGAGUGCGCUGACGGUAUCAUCAAUGCUCUGAAUGACGGCAAGGGCUCUGGCCCCGACGCUCUGCGCCCCAAGCUGGCCCUGGAGUGCACCGGUGUCGAGAGCAGUGUCAACUCCGCCAUCUGGAGUGUCAAGUUUGGUGGCAAGGUGUUUGUCAUCGGUGUUGGCAAGAACGAGAUGACCAUCCCCUUCAUGCGUCUCAGUACUCAGGAGAUCGACUUGCAGUACCAGUACCGCUACUGCAACACCUGGCCCCGAGCCAUUCGCCUCGUCCAGAACGGUGUGAUUGACCUGAGCAAGCUGGUUACUCACCGUUAUUCACUUGAAAAUGCGCUCAAGGCCUUUGAGACUGCCUCCGACCCCAAGACUGGCGCCAUCAAGGUGCAGAUCAUGAGCUCGGAAGAGGAUGUUCAGGCCGCCACUGCUGGCCAGAAGGUUUGA